AUGUUUAAACCACGAGAAAUCGAGGCCUACCGGCGCGAUGAGAAACUCGGUCACAAAUUGCUUACCCCCGAAGAGAGGAUUAGGCUGCUCAAGCCCUAUCUGCCUUCGCCCCCAUUGCACCCCUCCGAGCAAGCCAACAAACGAGCAAUGGAAAACGAACAGAGAUGGGGAGUACGGCGCUUUCUAAAGAGACACUGGCACCUACUGGUCUUCACCAUCGUACAUGCCAUAUUCUCGCUCUACAUCCGAAUCCGCCAAGCAUACCACCAAUUGGGCAACAAAAUCUCCUCCGUAUAUCGCCAUCAUCACCGGGCGCCCGAUCUGAUUUACAACGAUGUCAAGGACCUCCGAAGGCUGCCAAAACACCUGAGUGUCAUCUUGACCUUGGACGAGGACGCUAGGGGCGGUACCGGCUUGGCCAAGCUGAUCGAGGAGGCUUCGGAUAUUGCUGCUUGGUGCGCUAGUGCCCGUAUUCCCCAGCUAUCCAUUUAUGAGAAGACCGGAACAUUGAAGGGUUAUCUUCCUCGCGUCCACAGGUCCAUGACACAAAAGCUUGCCGCAUACUUCGGACCGAACACUCCUGGCAUUGGGAUUAGAGCACCUCACUGCCCUUCGAUCGAGACGGCCCCAACUCUUGCCGCAAGCCGUAUCGAGAAUGAUGGCCUCAAGCACCUCUCAGUCAUGAUUCUGUCAGCCGAGGAUGGCCGCGACUCUAUUGUUGAUCUUACCAAAACCCUCGCUGAUAUGUCCCAGCGGGGUAAGAUCUCGACUUCGGAUAUCACAAUCGAGCUAGUCGAUGCGGAGUUGAGCGAGAGUGUCAUGGGCGAACCGGACCUCCUUCUGUUGUUUGGUCCCCGUGUUGAACUGGUUGGCUAUCCUCCAUGGCAAGUGCGCUUGACCGAGAUCUCUCAUGUCCAAGACAACGAGGGGGUCAAUUAUCAGGUCUUCUAUCGGGGUCUUUUGAAGUAUGCCGGCGCACAAAUGCGCUGGGGAAGGUAG